AAAUCUUUGGUGUUCCCAGAGCACAUAUGUGAAGUUUUAGCUCAAAAUACCAUUUAAAUAAUUUAUUAUAGCAUGUUAAAAUUGCCACUUUGUAGGUGUGUGCAAAAAUGUGGCGUUUUGGGUGUGUCCUUUAAAAUGCAAAUGAGCUGAUGAAAUUCAAACACUGAUCACAAUGAUGGUGGUUUGUUGCAAUUAAAACUCAAUUGUGGUUUUCUCUGCACUAAAUGGCAGUGCUGUGAUUGGAUAGUGCAGAUUAAGGGGUGGUAUUAUUAUAAUAAGAGCUUUUUAUGACAUCAUAAGGAGAGCCAAAUUUCAACAACCUAUUUUUUCAUGUGCUUGUAGAGAAUGGUUUACCAAAACUAAGUUACUGGGUUGAUCUUUUUCACAUUUUCUAGGUUGAUAGAAGCACUGGGGACCCAAUCAUAGCACUUAAACAUGGAAAAAGUCAGGUUUUCACGCCAUGGCCCCUUUAAAGAUGUUAUUACGAAAGGUCUUUUACACACAGGAGGAAGUUGAGUCACAACUAGAAGUAGAUAUUAUGCUAAGAUGGCAGCGCUGAUGGUUUCACGCCUUCCCGCCCUUGGCCCUUUUAAUGUAAGGGCCAUUUCAUCACUUGCUGCUCAUAAAAAAGUUCCAGUGACAGACAGAAAGGAUGAAAGCUCAACAAGUCUGGUCCCGUUCAGAGAGAAAAGCACAGCAUUAGCACCGAAACCAGCCUCAUCGCUCAGCAGCAAAGGUGAAUACAUCAUUACCAAGUUGGAUGAUCUGGUCAACUGGGCACACAGAAGCUCCUUGUGGCCAAUGACUUUUGGCCUGGCUUGUUGUGCUGUGGAGAUGAUGCACAUGACUGCCCCUCGCUAUGACAUGGAUCGAUUUGGUAGUUUUUUCAGAGGCAGCCCUAGACAGGCUGAUGUCAUGAUCGUCGCAGGAACGUUAACCAAUAAAAUGGCCCCUGCCUUACGAAAGUUGUAUGAUCAGAUGCCAGAGCCCAGAUACGUCAUCUCCAUGGGAAGUUGUGCUAAUGGUGGUGGCUACUAUCAUUACUCUUAUUCUGUGGUCCGGGGUUGUGAUCGUAUUGUUCCAGUAGACAUCUACGUCCCAGGCUGCCCUCCCACCGCCGAGGCUUUGCUUUAUGGGAUACUGCAGUUAAAGAGGAAGAUUAAUCGAGAACGGAAAUUGAGAAUUUGGUAUCGCAAAUGAGAAGAGAUUGUGGAUGUUGUUAGAUCUGGUCUCCACACCACAGACAAAAUAAAAAACGGUCCAGCCCCGGACACCAGAUCAUGUCAGAAAAUAUAAGUUUACUUGUUUAUCUGUCAGAUAAAAGGUUGAUCAAUCGUUGCUAGAGGAGAGCAUAAACAGAGGCGUGAGACGAAGGUUUAGAUGAUAAAAUUUUGAUUGAUGGACAGUUAGUUUUAGUUGCAUAUGCCUCAAUGUUCAAACCUCGUCUACCACAUGAAUACAGCAUGUACUGUUAUAUCCAAAUUGGUCAGCUGCAACAUCCCUUAGACCUUGGGCUUCAUAAACAUUCUCUUAUCUAUCGCUGUUUACACACAGACAGAACAGCUCUUGAAACUUCACAAAUGUGAAACUGCACCACCAUGAAAUCAUAUAUAAUAUAGAAAUAUAAUGAAUAAAUGAAUUAAUUAACAAUAAUGUAACAAUAAAAUUGAUAAUGAUAAAAUAAUAUUAAAUAAUAAAAUAAACAAUUAUAUGUAUAACUAAUGAUUAUAAAAAUAAAUGAUUAGAAAUAAACUAAAAAACAAAACACAAUAAUAAAAACAUUCUGCACGUGAGGAUCUAAGGUAGGAUCCUUCACUCCCCCCUCCUAAUCAUAUAAGACAAAAUUAAAUUAUUAUAGCAAGCAAACUUUCAUAAUCUUUAUCAAAACACAUCUUUAAAAAGCUUGGAUGGCCAGUCCUUACUUUUCUUUCUACACAUUCUUAAAAGAACUGGGCUGCAUUCCCCGAAACCUUCUUAGCUCUAUGUCGUUCUUAAGUUGUACCUUAAGCUGUACCUUAUCGUUAAUACGUGUUUCCCGAAACGUUCUUAGUUACGUAUCACUUCUGUAAGUCAUUCGUUCGGAAGGUUGGUCUGGAGCACUCUUAGCUAUACCUUAUCCCACUUGACUCUGUGAUAAAAGCUUGUGUAUAUUGCAGUCUAUAUAACUAAAUAUCUGUAAAAAAAAGUUGAAGUACAUCCGUGUUAAAUUAGGCAUUUUUUAAUUUAAAGAAUAAAACAUUCACAUAAUUAGACAUUAUUACACUGAUGGUUGUUAGAUUUUUAAUAUUUUUUUCCAAAGGAACAUCAGCUUCGAACUAUUAUUACAGGCUUAAGAAACUAUUAAAAAAAAAAGAGUUUGGGUGGAGGAGUUGGUGAAACUAUGGCAGGCAGCUAUACAUACAGCGAAUCUUACUAUUUCAUUUGUGUAUUUCAUAUCCGUUAAAUCUUUAGUUUACCGGCUAUUUUAGCUGCAAUAAAACAAAUCAAGUAAAAUCGCAUGCCACAUUCAUCACAAAAUCAUAAUUGUUGAUUUUCCUAAAUAUUAUUAUUGAUGUUAAGUCGACUUUGCAUCAAAGUUUUUAAAUGUUUUCUAACUUUGAGACAGCUGCAUAUUCUUUAUAAACACUCAAAAGAAACUGCUCCACUUGAUUAUUGCUUGUAUAAACUCAACAAAUUUUCCACAUUAAAACUAAUCAAAGCUAAAAUCUAAAACAAUCAUAAUAUAUAUUUAUAUAUCAUAUAAUAUAUAUUUAUGUUAUAUUUAAGGUAAACAGACAGGCGCAGCUCCAGAAAUGCGUCCAUUAAGCGUUAUCCGCAUUGUAAACGCGCUGCUUGCGCAGUGUCCAAGCACAUAAACGCGUGAACUAAUGAACAACAAUUUGUUUUUAUAUAUUUUAAGUGUAAUGCCAAGCCAGGUGACUUGCGCGACCCACCUUAUUCCCCUGUGCAAUGCAUUUAUUGGGAACCCCUAAUAUAAAUUAUCCUUUAAAGUGAAGGAAUAAUGGAUGCAUUGGAGCAGUUUAUGCAUGAUACGUUUGAAAAUGAAUUGCAGGUUUUGCACGGGUUUGAUAUAAAAUAAAAUAUACAAGGUUUAUAUUUAGUUGUUUGCAAUUUGAAAUAUUUUUACAAGAUAUUCCUAAUAAAUUUAACUUGAACUAUUUCUAAAAAUGUUUCUUUAAUAAAGAACACCGCUAUCUCAUAACGCAGCGAAACCUAUUAUAUAAAGUGAACAAUUGAUUGUCGAGCAAUCGAUAUCAACCUAUUCAGCACCAUCGCCAUGGACAGCACCUGGUAACGUCGUACGUAAGAAGGAAUACCUUAAGAAACCCGCUAAGGUACAGUUCGGGAAACACGCCUAGAAAAGGUAAACCUGUAGUUAAGGUUUAACGUAAGAGUCUUCUUAGCGCGCUAAGAGACAACGUUAUCGGGAAACGCAGCCCUGGGGCCUCAUUUAUAAACGUUGCGUACGCACAAAAGAAGGCGUACGCCACUCUCUACGCAAUAGUUGUUAUUUAUAAAAAGCAAACUUGACGGGAAAAUGUGCUGUCCGUCACGCAAGCUCUGACCCAGGCGUACACACAAAAACGGGUGAAAUGAGAAAUGGCGACACCGAAGGCAGAUGGAAGAAACACGUGAAAGUGAAAGUAAAAAUGACAACACUACCUCUCAUAAAUAGCAUGAAGACUUCACAAAGCAAGUCUUACAAUUAACAGCCUACACGAACACCCGUUUGAUCGAUCAGCAGUGAAACAAAAUAAAUAAAUAAAUAAAUCUAAAAUUACAACAAAAAUUCAAAUGAACACAUAUUUGCUAAAAGAAAAGUGAAAUAUGUUCUGCAAUAAUAUUGGCAUGUUGUGCAAUUCAUCCUCUAUGUACAAAACUGAUAUUCUCGUCAAUGUGUCCGUCUGGCGGAGCAGAUAUAGAUGCAAUUACAUAGACAGAUAGAUAGAUAAUUAAGGAGAUAUAUAGUUAGAUAGAUAGAUAAAUAAAUAGAUAGAUGUAUUAAUUGUCCAUUGGGGAAAGUUGUUUUCAUAGUAAACCAUAUCUUCAUAAUCUACGGAAUUAUGGUAUUUAUGCAUAUGCCUUUAGUGUGUUUUAUUUUUGAUAAAACAAUGUAUGGCGUAUGUCUCAACCAUUCAGGAAGCAACAAGAAAUUACAUUUGCGCUGAACAAUGUCCCAUUUCCACGUCGAUUAUUACCGACAUCUGUAGCUUGUCAGAUGCAAUUAAAUGAAUGGAAAUAAAAUGCCCCAUCACAAUGCGUAAUGCCCACACUGUGCCCUCCAAACAACGUUUUUCUCCUCUUUUCCCCCUCGCCAACGAUAACUUCUACUUCACAUUGAGUGAAUUUACGU